GGCCCACCGCGCACCCACGGGCAUCUUUUUCUCCUUCUUUCCCCAGUUCCCCCCAACGACGGUCACCCGCCGGCCGCUGCGACAACCCGCCAGACCGCCACCGUCGGCAGUGCUCCUCCCAAAUCCCAGCUCUCCGCAGCAACCUCGUUCGACAGGUGACUUCCAACCGCCGGUUUUUACCUCCCGGGGCCAUAAGCCCGGACCACCGAUUUGUAGCAUCUUCACUAUAUCAGCUCUGUGGUCAUCACUUAUCGGUAGAUAAAACAGUAUGCAGACAUCUAGAGCUAGGCUUUUCAAGGAGUAUAAGGAUGUACAGCGAGAGAAGUCAGCUGACCCUGAUAUCCAAUUAAUUUGUGAUGAUUCAAACAUAUUCAAGUGGACUGCUCUUGUCAAGGGCCCUUCUGAAACACCUUAUGAAGGUGGUGUUUUUCAACUUGCGUUUGCAAUUCCAGAGCAGUAUCCUUUGCUGCCUCCACAAGUUCGAUUUCUGACCAAAAUUUUCCACCCAAAUGUGCAUUUUAAGACUGGUGAAAUUUGCCUGGACAUUUUGAAGAAUGCAUGGAGCCCUGCAUGGACCCUUCAGUCUGUUUGCAGAGCAAUAAUUGCUCUGAUGGCCCAUCCUGAACCAGACAGCCCACUUAACUGUGAUUCAGGCAAUCUCCUAAGGUCGGGUGAUAUCCGAGGCUAUCAAUCAAUGGGCCGCAUGUAUACAAGGCUGGCGGCCAUGCCAAAGAAAAAUUAGCUGCACAAGUGCUAAGGAAACACGCCCCAGGUCCGCCCCCAUGCUGUCUGUGUUUUAACUUGUGCUUGUUUCCUUAACACUCAGAUGUGUGAGUAAGAGUGAGAAGGGAGAAAACCCGUGUUUUCAAUGCAUAGUGUGUGAUAUAUUAGGUCCUGGAAUUUGGCAGUUGCCACCGUAACCUACUGCACUACAGUUACUGUUUCAAUCAGUUUGUGCUGUACGCUCUCUGAAGGUCUCUUGUUCCAUA